AUGGAUCUGGCAGAUACCUACAUUAUGUUUGUUCGACAAAACCAGGAUAUACUUCGAGAAAAGGUCAAUGAGGAAAUGUACAUAGAGAAGUUGUUUGAUCAAUGGUAUAGCAGCUCCAUGAAAGUCAUAUGCAUGUGGUUGGCUGAUAGAUUAGAUCUUCAGCUUCACACCUACCAGCUGAAGACUCUCAUCAAGAUAGUGAAGAAAACCUACCGAGACUUCAGGUUGCAAGGCGUGCUGGAGGGGACACUGAACAGCAAAACCUACGAUACCGUUCACAGCCGUCUGACUGUAGAGGAGGCCACAGUCUCAGUCACGGACGCGGGAGGACUUCAGGGCAUUACUAUGAAAGACAGUGAUGAGGAGGAAGGAUGAUAUUAUUUCACCAAGCAUUUGGAGUUCAGAGUUGGCGGUCUGGGAGUAGAGAUUAUCUUUGGCUUGGGGCUUUUUUGUACCUUGUCCUUGUAGUUGCAUUUAUAGUUUUGCCUUAUUAUAUAGGUGCAGAAAUGUAAUUUGCUCCGUUUGUGUUUUUUUUUAAACUGAAAGUAAGAUUAUCGGAGGAAAAGUGCCAAGGACUUUUACGAGAAUAGUGGUUGUAGCAUAUUUCAAUGUAUAGCUUUGCUUAGGGCUGUGAGAACACUGGCAUGGAGUUUGAGUUCCACUUGUGAUUAUGUUUCUUUCCCUUUUGUUUGUUACCAUUUGUUCUUGUACCUCCAUCAGAUAUUGAUGUCCUGUGCAGAAAACAAAAUGUGUGCCUCACUUAAAACCCAACUAUACAGGAAAUCAUUCUUGGAAUAAGUCAGUGCCCUAGGUUUAAAAAAUAGUGUAUUUUCAGGAUUACACUUUGUUUACCCUUUUUUUGUGCUUCAUUUUACAUUAUUAUGUGACGUGCAUUAAAAAUCUUAAUCUUUGUUCUUUGUAUUUUGAGGUUUGUAUGUAAGUAGUAGGACUUCAAGGACAGUCAAAUACACACAAACUACUUAGGAGUGCUGUUGUGUCUAUACAUUUUGCAAGUUUAAAGAUAUCUCAUCAUGUUGGAUGUCAGUAAGCUUGCCAUCAAUGUUUCUAUUUCUGUGAAAAAUUGCAGGCAAUAAGAACACAUUUUGUCGUGACCACUUCUGUAUCUACCCAAGUUUGUACAGAAUUCUACAAUUAAAAGAUGUUUUCAGUAUUUCAAAC